CGCCGGUCGCAAGAUGGCUGCGGCCAUGCGAGGCCUUACUGUGUGUGCGCAGCGGGCGGCGGAGCGGCCCGGACAGCAGGGACAGCGACGACACUAGCUCAGCUCUCAGCCACUCUUCUAGAACGCCAUCCCAGCCUCAGCCAGCUUUGUCCGAAAUGGAUCUGGUCGUGGGCCCCGGUGCAGCGGGGCCCAGCAACGUCCCGGCCUUCCUAACCAAGCUGUGGACCCUCGUGAGCGACCCGGACACCGACGCGCUCAUCUGCUGGAGCCCGAGUGGGAACAGCUUCCACGUGUUUGACCAGGGCCAGUUUGCCAAGGAAGUGCUGCCCAAGUACUUCAAGCACAACAACAUGGCCAGCUUCGUGCGGCAGCUCAACAUGUAUGGCUUCCGAAAAGUAGUCCACAUUGAGCAGGGCGGCCUGGUCAAGCCUGAGAGGGAUGACACCGAGUUCCAGCAUCCAUGUUUCCUGCGUGGCCAGGAACAACUCCUUGAGAACAUCAAGAGGAAAGUGACCAGUGUGUCCACUUUGAAGAAUGAAGACAUAAAAAUACGCCAGGACAGUGUCACCAGGCUGUUGACGGAUGUGCAGCUGAUGAAGGGGAAACAGGAGUGUAUGGACUCCAAGCUCCUGGCUAUGAAGCACGAGAACGAGGCCCUGUGGCGGGAGGUGGCCAGCCUGCGGCAGAAGCAUGCCCAGCAGCAAAAAGUUGUCAACAAGCUCAUUCAGUUCCUGAUCUCACUGGUGCAGUCGAACCGGAUCCUAGGGGUGAAGAGAAAGAUCCCUCUGAUGUUGAGCGAUAGCAGCUCAGCACACUCUGUGCCCAAGUAUGGUCGACAGUACUCCCUGGAACAUGUCCAUGGUCCUGGCCCAUACUCAGCUCCAUCUCCAGCCUACAGCAGCUCUAGCCUUUACACCUCUGAUGCGGUCACCAGCUCUGGACCCAUUAUCUCCGAUAUCACUGAGCUGACUCCUACCAGCCCUUUGGCGUCCCCAGGCAGGAGCAUAGAUGAGAGACCCCUAUCCAGCAGCACCCUGAUCCGUGUCAAGGAAGAGCCCCCCAGCCCACCUCGGAGCCCUCGGGUACUGGAGGCAAGCCCUGGGCGCCCAUCCUCCAUGGAUACACCUUUAUCCCCAACUGCCUUCAUUGACUCCAUCCUUCGAGAGAGCGAGCCUACCCCUGCUGCCUCAAACACAGCCUCUGUGGAUACAACCGGAGCCCAUGCCCCCACACCCCUGCCCUCCUCUACCCCUGAGAAGUGCCUCAGCGUAGCCUGUCUAGACAAUUUGGCUCGCGCUCCACAGAUGUCUGGGGUCGCCCGCCUCUUCCCCUGCCCCUCCUCUUCCUUUCUGCAUGGCCGAGUCCAGCCAGGGAACGAGCUCAGUGAUCACUUGGAUGCCAUGGACUCCAACCUGGACAACCUGCAGACCAUGCUGACAAGCCACGGCUUCAGCGUGGACACCAGUGCACUGCUGGACCUAUUCAGCCCCUCGGUGACCAUGCCCGACAUGAGCCUGCCUGACCUGGACAGCAGCCUGGCCAGCGUGCGUAGGCGGGCAGGGUGGGGGGCAGAGGGGACCAUCAACAACUCUCAUUGUGUGUUCUUUGUCCCACAGAUUCAGGAGCUCUUAUCUCCCCAAGAGCCCCCCAAACCUAUUGAGGCAGAGAACAGUAACCCUGACUCAGGGAAGCAGCUGGUACACUACACGGCUCAACCCCUGUUCCUGUUGGACCCUGACGCUGUGGACACAGGGAACAGCGAACUGCCUGUGCUCUUUGAGCUGGGGGAAAGCUCUUACUUCUCCGAGGGGGAUGACUACACGGAUGACCCCACCAUCUCUCUUCUGACGGGCACUGAACCCCCCAAAGCCAAGGAUCCCACUGUCUCCUAGACAUCCCAGGAGUUGUCAGGAUGGUUUGUGGCUGACUCCCAACCUACUGCUAGGACAUAGCUGGUCCUAGGGAGACAAGACAGUCGCAGUCCAGGGCAUCCUAGAUCAAGUUACCACCCCAGUGGAACACAGAUGGGGCAUGAGCCUGGGCAGUGCUUCAGGUCAAGAGGACGGUCCCGAGGGCCGCAUACCUGCUGCCUUUACACAGUCCAGGUCUACUGUCUGCAUUGGACCUUCACAGCCACACUUGGACUGAUCCUGCAGGUUGUUCAUAAAAUUGUAUUUUGGAUUUUUACAUGAGAGUCCCCUUUAGCCCUUCACAAAUAAAUAAAUAAAUAUAUAUAUAUAUACACACACACACACAUACAGAUGGAUAGAUGAUAAACA